CGCGACGGAGGGGGCAGUACGCUGUUUGGUCCUCACUAGGAAUUCCUUGGAAUUUAAAUUAUUUGACCACUUUAGCGACUAGACUAGUGAGUGAUCGGUGGUUAGUUUAGCGAGUUAGUGCGACCUAACCCUCUUCCCCGUCCUGGAGCUGCUGUUAAGGAGGCUCAGCGAUGAACAAGCUACGGCAGAGCUUCCGGAGGAAGAAAGACAUAUACGUGCCGGAGUCCAGCCGGCCGCACCAGUGGCAGACCGACGAGGAGGCCGUGCGCAGCGGCAAGUGCAGCUUCGCCGUUAAGUACCUGGGCCACGUGGAGGUGGAGGAGUCCCGGGGGAUGCACAUCUGCGAGGAUGCGGUGAAGAGGCUGAAGACGGACAGGAAAUUCUUCAAGGGCUUCUUUACAAAAGCAGGGAAGAAAGCAGUGAAGGCCGUGCUGUGGGUGUCAGCAGAUGGCCUCAGAGUCGUGGAUGACAAAACAAAGGAUCUGAUUCUGGACCAGACCAUAGAGAAGGUGUCAUUCUGCGCUCCGGACAGGAACUUUGAGCGGGCCUUCUCCUACAUCUGCAGAGACGGGACCACGCGGCGCUGGAUCUGCCACUGCUUUAUGGCCAUCAAAGACUCGGGAGAGCGCUUGAGUCAUGCCGUCGGCUGUGCGUUUGCGGCCUGCCUGGAGAGGAAGCAGAAGCGGGAGAAGGAGUGCGGGGUGACGGCCACCUUCGACGCCAACAGAACCACCUUCACCCGCGAGGGGUCCUUCCGCGUCACCACGGCGACGGAGCAGGCCGAGCGGGAGGAGGUCAUGCGGCAGAUCCAGGAGGCCAAGAAAGCUGAGACCGAGGCCAAGACUGCCGGUCCCGUGAGCGCGGCUCCCGAUACGGCAAACCCCACCUCAGCCCCAUCCCCCUCCUCCUCCCCACCCCUGCCCCCUUCCAUGGGGGCCCCUGAGAGCAACCCCCACGCCAUCCCGCGCCGGCACGCCCCCGUGGAGGCGCUGGCCCGGCAGGGCUCCUUCCGCGGCUUCCCGGUCCUCAGCCAGAAGACAUCUCCUUUCAAGCGGCAGCUGUCCCUGCGUAUGAACGAGCUGCCCUCCACCAUGCAGCGCAAGUCCGACUUCCCCAUCAAAAACUCGGUCCCAGAGAUGGAGGGGGAGGGGGACAGCAUCAGCUCUCUCUGCACUCAGAUCACCACUGCGUUCAGCGUUCCCGCUGAAGACCCCUUCUCCUCUGCACCCAUGCCGAAGCCGGCCUCCUCUCCGCAGUCGCCCGCUGCUCCAGUGAACGGCUCGUCUCCCGGCUUCCCUCCUCCUGCUGCUAACCUGUCUGCAGCGGCUCCUCCAGCCCUGCCUCCCCCUUUGCCUGCCCGUGACACUAACCCCUGGGCCAAGACCCCCACAGGCCCCUCUGGCCACGGCCCUGCUCACCCAGGAGCAGACUGGACAAGCUCCGCCCCUGCAGUGGUUGCCCCUCCUGCUCCAGUCACAGCUGCCCCAACUGCCCCGCCCUCUCACAAGCGCACCCCCUCGGAGGCAGACCGAUGGCUGGAAGAGGUGUCGAAGUCCGUGCGGGCGCAGCAGCCUACCCCCACCAUGGGGGCCCCCGCGCCCCCCGCCCAGUCCUUCCCCAACCCCAUGCCCGUCCCUGUGGCCUCGGUGCCCCCCGUGGCCUUCAUACCCCCACUGCCUCCAGCUGUCCCGCUGCUGCCCCCCCGCCAGCCUGCCUAUCAGCCCCCGGCCCCAGCCUCCUUCCCCAUGUCCAACGGCCUCCCGUACGCCCAGCCCAGCGUUCCGGUGGUGGGCAUUACCCCCUCCCAGAUGGUGGCCAACGUCUUCGGCUCUGCCACGCAGCCGCAGCCGGCGCCCCAGUCCUUCCCCAAUCCGCAGGUCCCGUUCCCUCAAUACGACCCCCGCUCCGCCUGCAGCCCCUUCGGAAAGCCGCCCCAGCCCCCCGUCGCUGCCACCGCCCCCCUCGCCCCCCACCCCGUGCAGCAGCCGCCCAACGGCAGCGCCGCUUUCAACGGGGCGGACAGCUGGGCGCCGCCCUCCUUGCCCCCGCCAUCCUCCCCCGCCCCUCCGCUGCCGCCCCAGACCCAGGCCGACGCCUUCGAGGCCCAGUGGGCGGCCCUGGAGAGCAAGUCCCGCCAGCGCACCACGCCCUCCCCCACAAACCCCUUCUCCAGCGAGCUGCACAAGACGUUCGAAAUCCAGCUGUAAACUCGGGAGAGCAGCGGGAAGUGAGGAGAGGGGACACAGAGGCCUGGGGGGAGCCCUCCCCGUCCUCUCUCAAUCCUCCGCCCCACUCUUGCUCUCUUUGCCUGGCCGUGUGGAACAGAAUGCGUCGGAUGAAAGCAGGACACUGAGAUCUCCUGGUGUACAGCAUCGCCGCCGGUGGUGACAGAAUGGGAAUGACGAGCCGCCGCUCUAAAGCCGUUAAUUUGCGUUGUUUAUCUUGAUUUAUUAUUUUUUUUGUUGUGAUAGCAUCAUGGUGAGAUUCCCUGGAGCUGCCUCCGAGUCCCGUCAGGUUCACCCCCUGUGGAACUGUGGCGCUGGCUAAACCCCCUCCCGCCCCCGAGAGGCGCACACAGCAGGUCUGGGGGAGGAGGGGGGCAGGGGGACGGGGGUGCCGGUGUCUCUCUUCCCCCUCCUCCCAGUCCUGCUCCCUGCUCAGAGCGCCGCCGUGUGGUGGAGGUGUGAACUCCUGCCCCCACCCGUCAGAAGGACUUGAGCACUGAAGAGAGCUGAGCUUCCAAAUUAGAUUUUCAUGAACCUCAGAUUGAGAAGAAGAAUGAGUGAGAAUGCCAAAAUCUUUAUUUUUAUGCAUUAUGAGUAUAUUUUAAAUAGCUGUGGAAUUUAAUUGAAGAGUUGUAAAUAAUCUUGCCAAAGGUGCAGGCUAGCUAUUAUGAAAAUGAGUGUAUGUAUGUAUACACGCACACACACACAUGCGUGUGUGUAUAUGUAUAUGCAUGUGUGCACACUGUACGUGCACGCACAGAUUGAUUUCUAAUAGAUUUCUAUUGUAUGUAAAAGUGGGACAGAGCGAAGGGACAGUUGUUUUACUUUGCUUUUUAACUUCUGUGUUUGUUUUUUUUUUUUUUUUUUGCAUCCUGUGAUUGGAUGUAGAUUUUAUUGUAAAUAAGUUCUUAUUGCAGCAACAAUCAAGUGAACGCAGCAAUGGGAGCCCCUGGCAUCUCGCAGGAGUGUGGCGCGGUGCCCUGGCAGCUUCUCGAACCCAGUGCUCUCCUCCUCACUCUUAUUUUUAGUACUUACGGACACAUUAGUACUAAAACUUCUCUCUCUGUCUACUACAAAAGCCCAUCUUUAUACCUUUUUGUGUUUACUUUGUGUUUGAGUUUUGUACGGAUUUUAACACUAUCAGCAGUUUCAUCUCCAGAUCUUUCUUUUCAUGUGUUGUUUUUUUUUUCUCUCUCUCUUAUGAAAAGAUUGCUUUUACAGUUAGAUUUGCACAAGCACUAUGAUAAUCAAUGGGUCAGCUGCACCAGUGACGUGAUAAUGGAUCGAUUGGCCAUGGUGAUGGUCUGUUGCUGUUGCAGAACUGGGAGUCGUUCUGACCCCCUGUGGGGUUUUCUGUGGUUCUGACUGCGUUUGGGCCGUUUGGACCGGUGCAGUGGAGAAGGAGGGAAGGUGCAUUUGGAGUCUGUCUGUUAUCUUCCCCCCUCUUUUGCAUUAAUGAAACCUGUGAAUCUAAUUGUUUCACCCCCCCCCCCC